GCGUCAGUUCGCGUCGUCUGCUUGCUUUGACAGCUUACAAUACGUUCGUGUUGUUCGUCUUUUUUGUUCAUUCAAAUCUUUCCUUAGAAUUAUUUGUCAAUGAUAAAUAAAAACAUAUAUCGUUUAUUUAUAAUUUCAUAGUAUUUUUAAAUUUGUUGAAAAUAAUUUCAAACAUAUUGUAUACGUGAAGUAAAAGAUAUAAAAAAAAGCAAGGAUACAGUUGUGUGUUCAGUAAUAGAGUAGUAGCAUUGUCGUCUGCUUGUUGAUAAAAGCGCAUGAUCGGUGAUCAGUCGAGUGUCGAAUGACAUGGCGUACGGGUGUGGAUAUCGAAUAGUCGUCAUGUCGCUCAACGUUUAUUAUCCGUGAAUAUAUUCAAUGAAAAUGAACAGUAAUAGAUUAAAAUUCGAAUAACAUGAAUGCAAGGUUCGAUGUUAUCGUGAUAUAUAUUCUCGAUGAUGGAGGCAGAAGUUAGAGUCUGAUAUUGACGUUCUUCAAGUAUUUUCUACUAAAAUAUCAUAGGUUGCAAAUUGUUAUGAGUUCGGUAUGCAAGACGAAUGACGUGAAUCUAAUACACCAAUGUGCAAGCGAUUGUCAACCUGUGAAUUUCGUAAUAAUAUAUCUACAUACAUAUAAGGAAGGCUCUACAUAUAACUGAGUUCAAUAAAGUCAAUGUUUCAUUCAAAUUGUCACGUUAUGCAAGUAUAGAUGAUGCUAUUUAUUAUACAACUUGAAAUAUCUAAGUCCAUAAAGAUGGUUCCUUAAUAAUUAUAUUAAAACACUAUAAACAGGCUGUUUUGAAAUAUUCUAUAAAAAAAAAGAAGUUGGUAUAACCUAUGAAUGUUUAAGACCUAAUAGUUGAUAUAAUCUCUAGUCAAAAGCAGUCAGAAGAUAAAGUUGUAUAUCGAUGUUAAAAAUGUGAUCAUUUUUUGGCAUAUUUGUUUCUAAUCAAUUUAUUCUAUGAUAUAUAAUAGUAUUUCAUGUAAAUAGACAAGUUACUAUUAUACGAUUGUAUAUCCAGUUUGUUUACGAGAAAUAUUACGAUAUAUAUUAACGAAUAUAUAUGCGAUACAAUAAAACCGAGUAUCCAUGGAAUACUUGAAAUAAAAGAAGGAGUAUUAUAAAGACGUAACUGAAGCCAAAAGAACUGAGUUUACAAAUAUAUGGAAAUUCCAAAUGACUUAAUAAAUAUCUAGACUGUUUUUAGAAAGCACCUUGCAGUAAAUGGUAUUAAUAGAUAAAUCAUUUUUCAUUGGAAGCUUGGAUUAUUGACUAUUUAUAUAUGUGAUGCUUCUACCAAAAUAUUAUAAGAUACCAUUAUUAUAUUAAUGAUGGAUUAAUAACUUAUUAGUCACUGCAUUAGAUAAUAAUAUUAUGGAGCAGUGUAGAGGAAAUGAUACCCCUAGCAUAUCCAAUGCAACUAAGGCAGAUAUAUCACCUAAAUCAAAACAAAAGAAAAAAUCUCUAUGUCAGAUGCUUAUGAAUAAAAAGACUAGAGUUGGUUGUUUGGAAACGUCUUACAAGGAUAGCGAUUCCAACAAGAAUUCUAAAGCCGAUAACUCCCAGCACGAAUCUCAUACCAGCACAAAAUUGUCUUUAUGUUGUGCAAUGACUGAACGCAGUAGAACUCCACCUCAAAGUUUAACCGCCAGUAGAUUGUCUCCUACAACAUUAAGCAGGACAUCCGUAAAGUCUGAAGUAGCUUCCAUUAAUGGUAAAUGUCUAACAGAUGUAUUAGUCGAAAAACAAGAAGUGUAUUCGACGUAUGGCGAUCAGGAAGCUCAAGAGAAUAAUACAAGUAAAACAGUUAUUAUGCGAGAAAAGGAGCAGCGCAAGAGUACUUAUACAGAAGAGUCCACGGAAGAUGAAAUCGAGGAAUCUUCAGAUGAUGAAAAUAUACAAAUGAUUUAUGCAGAAAGGGAUCACAAAUAUAUAAAGGAUGACUAUUUCACUAAGGGGAAGUAUAUUACUUAUUUCUUCCUGGAAAUGGAAAGGCAAUUCUACGAUCCUUCAGAUGUUUACAGUAUGGUUAAUUACCAUGAUUGUAACUGUUGUGAAAAACCAGAACGCAAAGAUGAAAAUUCUUCUUCUGGAUCAAUGUCUCCGAUCUCUAUGCAGUUAAGACAAAGAUUACUCCACAGAAGAUCUGCUGAUAAUUUAGUAAUUAAUUCUCCGACAAAUUCUAUGCGACAUUCUAGUCCGGAAUCUGUGAAAAGUGUACCUAUUCAACUUAAACCUCGCUCUACGUCACACGAUGCCUUGUCAAAGAAAAAAGAUCGUAAGCUGCCUACAGCAACUGGAGAAUCCACGGAUAGUUUGGCAAAACAGGCAUUACUUGCCGCACAAGUAUUAAAUUUAAUUCCUGCUCAUAAAGCUAGAGAAAGAAAUUUCCUUCAUGGAAGAAUAGCGGCUAAUUCAUUGUUAGGUCCAGUGGAACUUGAAAAAGUAUUGCCAAAUCGCGAACUAAAAAUUUUCGUUGGAACGUGGAAUAUGAAUGGUCAAUCUCCGCCAAAAGAAUUAAAUGAUUUUAUGUUACCUUCGGACAUAGAAACUAUUCCUGAUAUGUUAGCAAUUGGAACUCAAGAAUCGUGCUCUGAGAGAAAUGAGUGGGAAGCUGCUUUGCAAGAAACAUUAGGACCUUCCCACGUUUUAUUAACUAGUACAGGUCUUGGAACGCUUCACUUGGCUCUUUUCUUGAGGAGAGAUCUCAUUUGGUUCUGCUCUGUACCCGAGGAAGAUAGUUUUUCUACUAGAACCGGAACAGCAUUUCGAACUAAAGGAGCUGUUGCCUUGGCUCUGAUGUUAUUUGGUACAAGUUUUCUUUUCGUUACGGCGCAUUUAACAGCUCAUCAGGAUAAAGUUAAAGAAAGAAUUAAUGAUAUUAAAAGAAUCAUUAGAAAUUUAGAUCUUCCCAAAGACUUACCUACAAGACAUAAAAGCAAAGAUGUUACUCAAAAUUUCGAUUGCAUAUUUUGGUGCGGAGAUUUAAAUUUUCGUUUAGCUCAACCGAGGGAGGAAGUAAUUCAGUGGGUUACAGACACCUGUUUCCCGCAACAAGUACCAGUUAAUUUACAAAAGGAUCAAUUAAAAACAAUACUUAAUGAAGGUGCAGUACUGCGUGGUUUUGAAGAAGCAUUAAUUAUGUUUCCCCCAACUUACAAAUAUGAUCCAGGCACACAAAACUUUGAUUCGAGCAGUAAACAACGUACCCCCGCAUACACGGAUAGAAUUCUUUUUAAGGGGAAAGGCCAUACAAGGGGAUAUAUUAGACGAGUUAGUCAUGAAAGUACUAGUUCGCAUAAAGACGGUGCUAUAGAGUGCUUAAUAUAUGAUUCUGUUCCAAGUAUUUGCACAUCCGAUCACAAGCCUGUAUGGGGCGUAUUUAAAACAACUAUAAGGCCUGGCAUUGAUACAAUACCUCUUGCUGCUGGUUUAUUUAAUCGCGAUGUAUACAUAGAAGGAAUUAAAAGACGUGCAGCUGCAAUGGAUGAAUCUCAAGGAACUUCUAAAGUGUGCUCGAUUCAAUAAUUAUGAAUACUAUUUAUAAAAUUGCCUAGCAAUUUAAUAAUACUAACAAAAAUUUUAAACUCAUAAAUCAUGGAUAUAUAAAAGAAAAACUUAUAUAGAAAUUACCAUGUCGCGCGCACACACACAAGCACACACGCAUACACAUGUACACACAGGUGAUAAUAUAAAAUUUCUUAUACAUUCUUUAGUUUUAUAUACAAAACUGUUUUGUAUCGAUAUCGAUCACAUUUUAAAAAAAGAAUUAUUAACCAAGAAUUGUUUAUAGACUAAUAUAUAUGUAAAUUACUAUCUAGUAAAAUGGCGCAAAUGAGAAUAUUCUAGUCACACACAAAAAUAUUCUAUAGCAUGUUUUUUUAUUAAAGUAAUAAUGUCGGAUCUGUGAAAUAUCGACAUAAUAUUUGGUGCUAAUAAUAUGAACAUUACAAAAAGUAGAACGGUAUAUAACGUGGCAUUUUUGGCCAUUCUUUGCCUAAUUUUUAUGUUACCGACAGAAAAUAAAAGAAAGAAAACCUAUUUUUAAAUAAUCGGUAUAUGGUUACAAGCAGUGUUCAAAGUUUUCUCUUAUUAUCCGUAACAUGGAUGCAAGUAUUAAAUUAUUUCUUGAGAUUAUGCAUCGUGAGGUAUUAUUAGAUUAUUUAUAGUAAUUUGAAAUAAAGAACGGAUUCAUUCUCAAUUGAUUCAUAUAGUAAUUAACAUUGCGAUUGAAAAUGACAUGGUACGUUUGUAAGUUGAUAAUAAUUUUUUUCUCAAAAUGUCUUAUUGUUUUCUUUUUGUUGGCUCCUUUGUUUUUAACUUUGUUACCAUCAUUAAGAGCAUUUUUUAUUACAUUGUUAUUUCUAUUAUGGUAACAAAUAUAUUGUAUUAUUUGAUAUAGCUUAAUAUACAGGGUCGAUGAUGUAUUUCAUUGGUAUAUAGAAUUAAUCGAUAAGUUCCAAAUGUCAAAGCGAUAUAUAAAGACAUAUUCCAAACAAUUUGUAAUUCACACUUAAAAAAUCCCAAAAAAGGACAAAAAAGAAAAGAAAAAAAAAUAAUCUGUAUUUAUUCUAUGUUGUAUUCUAUGUUUGAUUAAGUAUUUGCAUACAUAUAUAUAUAUAUAUAGCACAGAGUCUCUGGUAAGGAUAUAAUACAAAUCAUAUUAAUCAAAUUUUGUUAUUAUUUCCUGGAAGUAAGGAACAAUCAAAAUGAUAACAUAAUAAUAUAAAAUAAUAGUUAACGCUUCCAUGAUAUUGUUUUUAUAAUCUUUCCACAUCUAGCUGUUCUUACUUCUAGGUAUCGUUCUUUUCAAAUUAAUCUCACCGCAUAAUUAAUACUUAACACGUUGACAGCCGAGCGAAAUUUGUUGGUUUUCACACAACGCCGCAAUUGUCCCUUACAUAAUUGUGUAAGUUCAAACUGAUACAAAAUAAUAAUGCGCUGAACAAUGGCUGCCGGCGUGGUAGUCAAUGUGUUAAUAUAAUUUACAAUCUAUUAUUGUAAAAGACGAAUAGCAUUAUAAGUUAUACAAAGUUGUAUGCGCAUGCUAUAUCAAUAAUAUUUUACAGUAUUUGGUAGAAAGACUGUGUUAUACAAACUUUAUGUUAAGAAAAAAAAAGUUGGUCUCUCGUUAACUUAUUACAAGGAUAAGGAACUUUUAAAACUAUUCCAAAGAUAUUUAGUAAAGGAGGAUGCCUUCAUAGUAAUUUCAAAUUAUAAAAUAAUAGGAAAAUAUGUGUAUUUUCAUUUAUUAUUUAUUUUAUUUGACAAAUAAUUAUACAUACAUAUAUUUUUAUUAGCUUAGAUGCGAUAAUUAGUAUCGUUUAUAAUUAGUUACGAGCACCCGCGUAUAAAUCUUGCUAUUUAUCUCGCUGUUAUAAAAAUGGUUAUUCGAUUGCAACUUAAAUUUAGAUCGAUGUAGAAUAAUUGUCGCUUUUAUGUUGUCGAUAAACUAAUAAUAUUGAUGAAAAAUAUGGACCAUAGUUAAAAGUCUCAGGGCUUGUAACCGUACCAAAAUUUAAUAAAGGUUAACAAUUAUACCCAAAAUUAUUUUAAUCUUUAUUAAAGCACAUUCACAAAUUAUAUUAUGAUUUUGAUAUAAAAAUAACAUUAACAAAUUGAUCAUCAUAGUGUCAUUGAAUGCAUAUAUAUGUAUAUAUAUACAUAUACAUAUACGCUUAAUUUAUUCAUUCAAGUAAAAUAAUCAAUAAACAUCUGACAAUAAAAAUCUAGUUUCGUUAGAUUUCAUUUUUAACACACAAAAUAUAUUACAUUUAUAACAAAUUUUUAAAACUAAAACUAUAUAAAUAAAUAAAUAAAAAUAUCAAGAAGUACAAAUCUUGAUAUUACACUUUUGCGGCAAAAGUAUUCAAAAAAAAUGAAUAUGGAAAAGAAAAAUCUGGACCAACAAUAGAUAUAGUGUUUUUUGUUUGCGUCGAGUAAAAAUAAAAUACACUUUCCAAGCAUUAUAAUAAUGCGUUUAAACGUAUAGAAGGUUUGUAAAAACCUGUUUGAAGAUCGAUAUCAUAAAUGUUUACAUAAUUGAUAGAUAGGAUAAUAUAAUCUAAAAGUCAUAUGCAUAUAUGUCAUAUAUAUAUAUACACAUAUGUCACUUAUGAAGUGUAAAUCGUGACAAUGUAAAUUUCUAAUUACAUAGAAAACGAUUUUCUCGUUUGGCAUGGUUACAAAUCCUGCGAUAAAUUACUGAAUAAAUCACUCAUAUAUUGAUGGAA